CUCAUCAACAAACGCAUUUAAUGUAAACUACAUAGUUCAUUCUAUUUAUAAGCUCACACUUUAUAGGGAGUCACCUCAUAGUAACUAUUUUCUGAUGCCUUUAGGGGCUGAAAAGACACCAUUGAAGCCUAUGUUUGGCCCACAACGUCUUCAAAAACCUAACGAAUUGGAUCAAUUGAUUGAUGAGACUGUCUGUUCGUCAUCCACAUUGGAUGAAGAUCCUUCUCAUGCUGUCAAAUCGACUGAUUCUGUAGUUGCUAACGAGGAAAAGAACAAAUAAACAUUGUAUAUUGACCUAAUAAAUACUUUCAAAACUGUGUUACUUGACCCAAAGAUUCCAGCCAAGAAAUACAAUGCAAAAUCUAGCCAAGAUUGUUGCCUUACCUUUUUUUUUUCUUUUCUUGUUUUGAAUCAAAGUUAUGGCUCGAAAAAAACCUUGUCAAUACUGUAAAAGGAGAAGGAGAAGAUGUGUUCAGAUCAAUGAAGACGAUCCCUGUAAACUUUGCAAUCAAAUGAAGCAAGUAUGCCUUCCUUGCGAUGCUUCUUUUAGAGAUUAUAGUUCAGACGAAUCUUAUGUUGAGAGAAAAGAAGCAUUUGAUAUGGAAUCAGUUAUUCAAGAAAUAGAAAUACUCGAAAGUCAACUAGAGCAGUUGGAAGACAGUGUAAAUAACCAUAAGAAGCUUGUGCGACAUGAACCCGUAUGGCAAAUUGAGCUGAAAGAUGGCCAGCUUCGACUUCAGUCAGAAAUUAAGACACUCGAAGAACUGUUUCUGUUUGGAAAGGCAGCAAUUCGAUAUCUUUCACCUUUUGGACAUGCAUUCCAGACUUGUUUUAUAUCUAAAGACAGUAUUCCGAGUUAUACAAGAAAAGCAAUCGAGACCAUUGCAAGAGCACAAUUGGAUCGUCAUUUAAUAGCAGCAAGUCCUCAGCAUGAUCAAUGUUGGAACCCAUCUAAGAGUCUCAUUCAACCCAUACAAACAAGAACAAUGGUGGCUCAACUGGUCGACAAAUACUUUGCUUGUUUAAAUGUAAUGAUACCCAUCUUACAUGAGCCUUCUUUUCGAGAACACUACAACAGCCUUCAAGAUCCACUUGAGGAUAUCAUUACGUUGGCUAUCUGCACUGCUUCUUCUAUAUCGACUUGUCGACACUCUUUUCUCAACACACAUGAAAGACGAUAUAUGGGCGAAUAUUUCUAUCAUCUCAGUAUUGAAAAACUGGUCGAGAUAUUUGAUGAGCCAGAUCGACGGUUAGAGACAUUAAUUACCAUCAAUCUGCUACAGGAGUUUAUGAUAAUAACAUUAAGAGUAAAAGAACUACAGAAAUGGAAUGCUAUUGGCCUUUUGAUUGUCCAGGGUUACUAUCAAGAACAAGAGUGUUUUCGUCCCAAGACAACCAUCCAUCUUGAUAGAGCUAAAAGGAUUAAAAGCGCUACAAUGGAUCGAAACAUUUUUGUUAUUAAUGCUGCUAAUUUUAAUCUCAAGUUCUUUUUGGGAUUUGAACAAAUAGCCAUACCGCCAUUUGAUAUUAGUUUUGAUGUCUUGCCUGAUGAACCAAAGAAGACUCAAAUGUUGUUUGAUAUUGCUAACCGAAUCAUGAAACUGGUAUCAUAUAAGCCAGUAGUUCAUGUCAUCACGCAAACUCAAUGGAUGGCUGCAGGACAUAAAGGAGAACUUAAUUUUGAAGACAUUUUACAGUACGAACAAAUAUUCAAGACAUGGUGGUGUGAUUUGCCAGACCAUCUUAAACUAUGCAAUGACAUGUAUGCGAUAACAGACGACCUCGUCCAAAGUACAACAGAGACUCCCAAACUGCUUAUUGCUCUACUCAUAACUACCCAAGUACUAAGCAUCAACAGCUAUGUGAUACAACUGGUGUCUACAAAAAGAGAUCAAGAAAUCUACCGUUUGAUAAAAGAAAAAACAAUUUGUACGGUCAUGUAUCUUUCAGACACCUUUCUUUCAUUGCACAGACAAGUCAAUCAAUUAGAAUGCUAUUGCUAUUCAUCAAAUAGUCUUCUUUUACGUACUAUUGACUCACUUGUUACUUUGUCUCAAGUCAAAGAACUCAAUGAAAAUACAGCGAAUCAGAUCAAAGCCAAGAUACGUUUCUGUAUGAAAGACUUAACAAUGCAUGUCUUGCCAGACCACCAAGUGACACCAACUAAUUCUCCUUACUCCAUUAUUGCCAUUGCCCCUUCUGACAAAUUACCCUCUCCUACUGAAUUGUACAAACAUUACCCUUUACCUUUUGAAGCAUUGUCCUUUGACAUUGUUCAAGUAGCAUCUUCUAAAGUAACAUAAA